AUGAAGAAUUUUCUACUUUUGUUAGCCACAAUUUUUUGUUUUUAUGUUGAAGGUGAGCUUUUCUUUACAUUUUUGAUCAAGGCGAGUCUCAUUUUCAAUAAAUAUUUAAGUAUCCUUCUAGUUUUUGGUCACUUGUGUAGCGUGUUUAACAGGUGCCCGGAAGAACAAUGAAAAGAAGAUUGAUUGGAUUUUGAAAAGAAGAUUCGGUUAUAAAAACAUUGAAUUAUUUCGCAUGAGAGCAGAGAAAAAUGUAGCCUAGUAACGGAAAAAAUGAACAGGGUAGCUUCGGCUGGUGAAUAUGUUUCCAAAAAUGUAGAUAGCCUAACUUGUCCCCCAGAUUCUGAAUUGACUUGAGCCAUGACUGCAAAAUCUCAAAUUUUUAGAAGCGCUCCUACUGUGACCAAAUUUUCAAUUAAAAUUAUUUUAGAACUUUUCAACGUUUCUGAAUUUGUUUGGCAAUUUCUUUCAUAAAUACAUGCAUGUUACCCUCCCGAAGAAAAAAAGGGCGGGGGGGGUCACAAAUUUUCCAUUUUUUCAGAGAAAUUUUGUUAAAAAAGUUUCUAGAUCAAUUUUUCGCGCUGAAAAUGCUGGAAUCACUUAAAAUGAGAAAUUCCAGCGUUUUCAGCGCAAAAAAAUGACCUAGAGCAAAAUUUGUGACUUCCCCUGAAGAAAAAAAAUGGAGGGGGGGGGGGCGGUCACAAAUUUUCCAUUUUUUUUCAGAUAAAUUUUGUUAAAAAAGUUUCUAGAUCAAUUUUCCGCGCUGAAAAUGCUGGAAUCACUUAAAAUGAACAAUUCCAGCGUUUACAGCGAAAAAAAUUGACUUAGAGAAAAAUUUGUGACAUCCCCUGAAGAAAAAAAUGGAGGGGGGGGUCACAAAUUUUCCAUUUUUUCAGAUAAAUUUUGUUACAAAAAGUUUCUAAAUCAAUUUUCCGCGCUGAAAAUGCUGGAAUCACUUAAAAUGAGCAACUCCAGCGUUUUCAGCGCAAAAAAUUGAUCUAGAGCAAAAUUUGAAGAAAAAAAUGGAGGAGGGGGGGGUCAAAAAUUGAUCUCACAUCAAUUUUUCCAGCCGGUUUUCAGGGGUGUGAGAAAAACGUAUGAGAAAAAUUGUGCGAGCAAAGUUCAGAAUCAGAUACACUACGUAAUAAUCCGUGAGAUUAUAAGUACUUUAGGGCUUCUAACAGAAAUGAGGAAAUAAAAUAUAACCGCGGAAAAAGUUCAGGGAAAUUGAGAAUUCAGAUAAUUUGAAACCAGAACUUCUUGUUCAAAUCAAAAUUCAAAAAUAAAAAUAUAAAUUUUUCACGUGAAAUAUUAGAAUGACACGUGCUCCAGAUCACAUUUUCAAAAAAAAAAAAUUGCAGGUUUCAUUCCCAAAAAACUGAUCAAAAAAUCGGAAGCAAUCGAUGAAAGUCUCUAUUCCCCGCGACAUUAUCGAUAUCUUGAUUCACACGAAGAAGAAGUCGAAACAGAUGGACAAAUAAUCGGAGAUCACACAAAUGCAUUCGAUGAUCCAAAUGGCAAACUCACCGAAUACAUCAAAAAUAAUUCGAGGAAACAUAUUCCAUUAAAAAGUCCGCAUUCAAGGAUGAAUGUCUAUGUUUCAGCGGGUUUAUAUCAAAUUGUUGAUUUGGUAAUCCUUUUUGAUCUUUGAUCUUCGAUGUCCUUUCAAAAAUAUUUUUGGUUUUUUUCAGGAUCAAAAAAACAAUCUAGCAACAGUCAGUGCAUACUUCGAUGUUCAUUGGUAUGAUGAAUAUCUGCUAUGGAAUUCAAGUGAUUUCGGAAACAUUGAGCGGAUUUUUGUGCCGAUUCGAUGGCUAUGGAAACCUGAAUUUUAUAUGUAUCACAGUGUUUAUGGAAGAGUUCCUGAUUAUGCGCCAGAUGCUGCUGCUGAAAUACAUCACACAGGUUUGUCUAUUUGAAAAAAAAUCUGAAUCUAAUUUGGAAAAACUUCAGGACGAGUUCGAAUGUUUGUUUCGAUAGCUUCCAAAAGUUUUUGUCCGAUUAAUUUCAAACGUUUUCCAUUUGACAACCAAACUUGCACAUUUUCAGUGAGUUUUUAA